CCUUCAUAGCGGAGUCGAACACCAGCAUGUUCUGAGCACCACAUCUGGUUGUAAACACUAACCGUGCACUUCACAUCGGUGUGUGUGUGUGUGUGUGUGUGUGUGUGCACGGCCCCGGUUACCAGCAUGACCUCUGGGUGUACGGAAGAUCAUUCCCGAGUUAUUCCGGGAGUUACCGGAGCGAUGCAGGAGCCGAAGAUCCUCCCGUUCAGCGUGGAAGCCCUGAUGGCAGACCGGAGGCCGAACGGCUCUAACGCCGGGACUUCAGCGCGUUCCCUCGGAACGGAGGCCGAUCCAGACCGGGCCGGUGCUCGUGUCACGUUCUCUGUGGACGUUCUGAAGGUGCCGGUAAAGGCGGAGAGCCCGGAGCUCGCGUGGACACAACCGGACAGCUUCUCUCCCCGGCGUCUCAGUCCUCCCGCGUGUCCGCUACGGAAACACAAGACGAACCGGAAGCCGCGGACUCCGUUCAGCACGGCCCAACUCCUGGCGCUCGAGCGCCGGUUCCGCCAGAAACAGUACCUGUCCAUCGCCGAACGGGCCGAGUUCUCCAGCUCGCUCAGCCUCACGGAGACCCAGGUCAAGAUCUGGUUCCAGAACCGGCGAGCCAAAGCCAAGCGGCUCCAGGAGGCCGAGCUCGAGAAGCUGAAGAUGGCCAGCAAACCGAUGCUCCCUCCGGCCUUCGGGAUCUCCUUCCCACACCUUCCCGGUUCAUAUUCGGGAUCACACGAGUUUCACAGACACUCGCUGAGCUUGAGUCCGGUGGGACUGUACACACACAUGGGAUACAGCAUGUACCAUUUAGCCUAAAGACGAGAAAUGUGACUCUUCCGCAGGUCUAUUCCGAUAACAGUGGAAAUAGUUAUUAAUAAUGACAUUUCACACGGGCUUGAGAGUUAUGAACACGGGCUUGAGAGUUAUGAACACGGGCUUGAGAGUUAUGAACACGGGCUUGAGAGUUAUGAACACGGGUUUGAGAGUUAUGAACACGGGCUUGAGAGUUAUGAACACGGGUUUGAGAGUUAUGAACACGGGUUUGAGAGUUAUGACCACGGGUUUGAGAGUUAUGAACACGGGCUUGAGAGUUAUGAACACGGGCUUGAGAGUUAUGAACAC